CAUUAAACCCUCAUAUUCAAUCCGCUACUGUUCCUCCCACCUUUUAUCCUCUCUCUCUCUCCUCUCUCUCACUCCAAUGGCCACCACUGUGUUAAAAACGCCACCUACCUUCACUACACCGGCGGCGUAUCUCUGCAGCACCGCCGGAGGCGGUGCUUCCUCCUUCAAAUCGCUCAAUUUCCCGCGCGUUUCCUUCAUAUCCAAUGGAUUUCCAGUGAUAAGGUGUCGGAUUUACAAGCAGAGUAGUGUUGUGUUGCCUAGCCGCUCAGCGAAGAAAUUGUUGACCUUUGCUGCUAAUGGAGAAACCGCGGAGGCCGAAACGGAGAUCCAGGAGAAGGACCCGGUCGAAGGAUCCGUAUCCGAACCCGAAAUUGAGGAGAACACAGAUGGUGCCAUUGAUAUUGAUGAUUCGAGUGAGAGUGAUGACACAGUUAUCGAAGAGUCUAGUUCUGUUGUCAUAGCUUCUCUAAAUUUGUACAAAGAGGCUUUAGCAAACAACGAUGAUUCAAAAGUGGCUGAAGUGGAAUCGUUUCUUAAAUCGAUCGAGGAUGAGAAACUUGAUCUCGAGAGUAAGGUGGCCGCUUUAUCCGAAGAACUAUCCGAUGAGAAAGUCAGAGUUCUUAGAAUCAGUGCUGACUUCGACAAUUUCCGUAAGAGAACAGAGAGAGAACGUCUUUCACUUGUGACAAACGCAAAAGGUGAAGUUGUGGAGAGUUUGUUGCCCGUUUUGGAUAAUUUCGAACGAGCUAAAGCCCAAAUUAAAAUCGAAAACGAAGGAGAGGAGAAGAUCAAUAACAGUUAUCAGAGCAUAUCCAAACAGUUUGCAGAAAUUCUUGGAUCACUUGGUGUUGUUCCUGUGGAGACUGUGGGGAAACCAUUCGAUCCCAUGCUACAUGAAGCUAUAAUGCGCGAAGACUCGACAGAAUACGAAGACGGCAUUAUUAUCGAACAAUACAGAAAGGGUUUCCAACUUGGUGACAGACUUUUGCGACCAUCAAUGGUGAAGGUUUCAGCUGGGCCGGGACCCACUAAACCGGAAGGUGGGGCCCAAUCAGUAGUUCAAGAGGAAGUCGGUGAAGCCAGUGUGGAGGAGGACGCGUCUGAAAACGCACUGACUGAGGAAUAAUUAAUUUCCUGGUACAAAAUUCAAUUUUUCGAUAUUUGAAACACCUAUUGAAGUAAUUUAUUAUUUAGAAAUAGCUUUUUGUGGGCUUUAUUCGGUUAAUUGAGAAGAUAAAUUUCACUUCACAGUUCACACACUUGUUUUGCUGUUCUCGAUCUACUAGUUUAAGAGGUAAUAUGUACUGAUAAACCUUAGAAUCUGAACUGUUGUUCUAAAGUGAAAGAAGGGUUUCGUUUGUUCACUAUA